AUGGCUGCCGAAUCCAGUCCCAGCUACAUUGUCACGGGUGAGCCGAUGAUCGACGAGCCUCCCGAUGGCUCCACCGCGCUUCCAGCGCCGCUGGAAUCCAGCGCCGCCAUCGGCAUCGACCUGGGCACCUCGAGCUCCGCGGUGGCGGUGUGGAGGAAUGGGAGAGUGGAGGUCUUCCAGUGCCCGGAGGAUCGCAAGAGCUUGCCCGCCUACGUGCUCUUCAGCGACACGCCCACCGGGAUCAACAAGGUCGGCGGCGGCGCGAGCGAGGACGAGCUCUGGUCUGGGCGCGCGAUCUUUGGCGCCAAGAAACUGGUGGGUAGAACCGACACCGAUCCGAUCGUCCAGAGCUGCCGCGAGAAGUACCCAUUCCUGAUCGAGAGCCUGGGGAUCGGACUCAAGCCCUUCCUUGGCGCUCGCGGCAGUAACAACAUCUGGAGAUCCACCACCCCGGAGGAGAUCCUCGCGUUGCAGCUCAUGGAGCUCCGCGCCAUCGCCGAGUUCCACCUUGGGAGGAUCGUCCGCUCGGCCGUGGUGACCGUCCCGGUUUGCUUCUCGCGCUUCCAGCUCAUGACGAUCGAGCGGGCGUGCGUCAUGGCGGGGCUCCAAGUUGCUCGGCUUAUGCCCGAGCCCACCGCCGCCGGCCUCGUCUACGCCCAGAUGAUCCAGCAGCAGGGAAUCUCAGCUCCAGUCUCGGCCAGCGCCGCCGAGAAGCUCGCGCUGAUCUUCAACAUGGGCGCUGGCUACUGCGACGUCGCCAUCACCGCCACCGCCGGGGGAGUCUCGCAGAUCCGGGGCCUCGCUGGGGAGGCGUUUGGAGGCGAGGAGCUCCUCCAGAACUUGGUCAGCUAUCUCGUCUCCGAGAUGAUCCCGCAGCUCGGGCACAGCCCCGCCAAGGCGGCGUUGGCGAUCGCUACUGGGCGAUUGAGAUUCGCGGCGGAGAGAGCCAUGCACGCGCUGUCGAUCGAGCCGGACGCGCUGGUGGAGAUGGAGCUUGGCAACGGGCAGAUCUUCUCCAGGAGCGUGACGAGGGAGGUGUUUGAGGAUCUCAACGCCGGAGUAUUUGCCCGGUGCUCGAGCCUGGUGGUCGGGUGCCUGAGAGACGCGGACGUGGAGCCGGUGGCUAUCUCCGACGUGAUCGCGGUCGGGGGAGCUUCCAGCGUCCCCGGCGUCAAGGAGGCGCUGGAGAAGAUCUUCGGCGCCAGGAAGAUGGAGGCGCUGCUGCACAACCAGAUCCAGAGCUCGGGGAUCGACACGUCCGAGGCGGCAGCGCGCGGGGCGGCGCUGGAGGGCGCGAUCAUGUCUGGGGUGACGGACCCGAACGGGAGCUUGGAUCUGCUCACCAUCCAGGCUAUGGCGUCCAGCGUGGGAGUGGCACUCUUGGGCGGUGAGUUCCAGCCCAUCCUCCACAAGAACUCGAUGAUCCCGGCCCGGAGGGACGUGGUGGUGACGACCAGCCGCGACAACCAGCGGGACGCACUGAUCGUGGUGUACGAGGGCGAGAGCAAGAACGCGAGGAGCAACCAUUUGCUCGGGUUCUUCAAGCUCGCGGGGCUACCAGCGGCGCCCAAGGGCGUGCCGCUCAUCACUGUGUGCGUGGACGUGGACGCGUCCAAUGUGCUGAGGGUGAUGGCGGGAGCUUGCCUUCCCAAGGAUUGUGGCGGCGAUGGUAGCGGCGGAGUGGCGGCGCUCGAGCUCCGGGAAGUGAGGAUGCCAACCGUGGACGACGGGCAUGACUGGUGCGUGGAAGCUCUCUGGAACAAGCACGGGGAUAGCAUGGACGUGGUUCUCCUCCAGCAACCAGUGCCUAUGAGUUGAAAAAAGGUGGUUGUAUUUAGGGUUAGGGCAAAGAAAAUGUAUGACACGUGUUUGGAGA